AUGGAGAACGAAAAGGGAGAGAUUGUCGAUCUCUACGUCCCCCGCAAGUGCAGCGCCACCAACCGCAUCAUCAAGGCCAACGACCAUGCCUCCGUCCAGAUCUCCGUCGGCCAGGUUGACGAGAACGGUCGCUACACCGGUGAGAACCAAACCUAUGCUCUCUGCGGUUUCAUCCGUGCUCGUGGCGAGAGUGACGACUCCCUGAACCGCCUCGCUCAGCGUGACGGCUACCUCAAGAGCGUGUGGUCCGCCAACCGUGCGCGGUAA